CCCACGUCUUCACCCACGUCUUACCAAACACACCGAACAGACAGACGCAAGCUCGUCAAACAGACUAGCACACUUAAAACAACGUGUUCAAUCGAGCCACUGACAGAAUGGGACAAAAAAGCAACCUCUCUCUCCCUCACGUCCGUCUCCCCCGGCCCAACAUUGAUCAAGAGAUGCAGCAGAUAGCAGAUGCAGUCUCCCGCCCUGAUGCUGCCGUCUUAGCAGAUGCAGUCUCCCGCCCUGAUGCUGCCGUCUGAGGAAGCGCCCCCUCAGGCAAAUACCGAUCCACCCAACACCUGGGUAUCAGCAGCGUUUCCAGGAAGGCAUGCAGCUUGACCUUGCACCCUCCCACUUUCGCGUCAGGUAUUUCUUCUCCCGUCUCCCACGGGAUGGGUGUCAUGGGCCACACGGGGGUGCCGUCGGGAAACAUCUGUCCACGGCAAGUCCCGUUUGGGAAAAGCGUCCCCUUCACAAUCUGGUUGUCCCUCCAUUCUCCCUCGAACCACAACACAGGACCGUCGUACUGGUAGUAUGCCUUCCCCUGGCCGUGUCGCUUUCCGUCCGCCCACUCGCCCUCAUAGGUAGCCAUUCCUCCAUCGUCGAGUGCCUUUCCACGGCCGUGCCGCUUGCCGUGCUCCCACUGGCCCUCGUAUUUAACACGGCCCUGUGUGUCGAACUCCUCGCCGUGGCCACGGCCGUUAGUCCAUUGACCCUUAAAGAUGACGUUGUCAUGGUGGUCUCGCAGCUCCCCCUCGCCGUGUGGUCUGCCAUCGAGCGUGGGGCCAUGAUAAAAAUGGCCCUCCCACCACAUGCCCGUCGCCACGCCAGCUCCCUUCUUCUCUCCAUUGACCCACACGCCCUCGUAGGUCACCCUGCCGCCAGUGAGCUCCUUGCCAUGGCCAUGCCGUUUGCCGUUCCGCCAGUCACCGCUGUAGAUGACAUUGUUGUCGCGGCGGUCUCGCAACUCGCCCUGGCCGUGAGGUUUGCCGUCGAGAGUCGGGCCGACAAAAUAGCCGUCUUUUUCCCACCGCAUGCCCGUCGCCACGCCAGCUCCCUUCUUCUCCCCUCUCACCCACACGCCCGUGUAGGUCACCUCGCCGUUAGUGAACUCCUCACCAUGGCCGUGCCGCUUGCCGUCCACGAAAUCGCCCUCGUAGACCAUCUGGCCGUCCGAUGCGUAUUCGAUGCCCUUGGCGUGCCGUUUGCCGCCCUUCCACUCUCUCUCAUAUCGCUUCCUCUCGCCGUCCAGCAACCACAAAAUGCCCCAUCCGUGCGGCAUCUCAGUGCCACCCACUUUGCAGAUGGAGCCGUAGUAGACACUGCCCUCGUACAUGAUCGUGCGGUCAACGCUUUCGGCUUCCUGCUCGGCAGCACCUUUCGCUUGCAGCCGCUCUCUUGCAACGUCAAGUUCGGCCUCGGCUUGCUGAGCCCGUUGCAUCCAUUCAUCCCUCUCUUUUCUGUGCUCGUCUCCCUCCUUUUUGUAGUCGUCUCUUUCCUUCUUGUAGGCAUCUCUCUGGGUCUCGAGCUCCUCAAUUCGUUUGUUGAACUGCUCGCGCUCACUGUCCAUCGAACGACUGAUAUCUGAGUACACAUUGCGUGUUCUUCAUGGUGCGUGUGAAUGCGUGUCUGUCGCAUUACUUACCAUCGACGAUAUUCUGCAGUGUCUCCCUGUCGUCGACAUCCGUCACCGACGGGAUCGCACACGUGCGAGCAUCUGAUGGGCUCAGCAGACCAGCCAUCACGGGCCGGUGCCUGCCAGCCAUCGUGACAAGGAGGGAUCAUGCAGCUACACGGAUAAGGCGAGAAGGUUCAGAAAAUUUGGGGCCUACCGUGCACGCAGAGAUCACACAAAGACGAGAGUCUCGAUCGCUCAGAAUGCAUCACCUGAAAAGCGGAUCACAGCUCAGAAGCUGAGACGCGUUACGGUACUAUGUGCUGAUCCGCAUCUUGUGUGUGGUCUGUUUCUCAUAUGGAUGGGUGCCUACCAGGAGAUGAGUUGAAAUCGUGAAACUGCUGAUGCGGAGGCUUCUACACACCCCACACUGUCUGAACCACACAGACCAUGAAGAUCAGUGAGUCAGACACGGUGGAUGUGCGGUGGGGCUCAGUGGGGCUCACCUGGAAAGUGUUUGUCUGGACUCACUCUUCCCUAGCGCAGGCCCUUCGAUUGCUUUCUUCGGCAGCCGCGGUUGUGAAAACCCUGAGACCCCAGACCCGAAACCCUGCGGCCUCCGCGCCCUCCACUCUCCCCUCUCUCACCGCCGCACGUGAAGGACUGCAAAAGACCUCACCUGGAUCUGCCCUGCCCACCUCCCCAUCAGCUCAUCUCACCUUAUUCGACCGCCCAGCGACUUCCCAUCUCUCAGCGCCUGUUAGCCACCGGAGUAUCCCAU